UCCCAUCAUGCCUCGCGCGACCAUGUGCGGCAACUUGACAGCGCAUGUCGUUCUUCAAGCAUGUCAACAGCGUCUAAAGUCACUUUCGGUUUAUGUUGUACGGCGUCUGUCGGAAUAAUAGGCUACGUUCAUUACAAACAGGCAUACGACAGGGAGCAACUUCAUUUAGGUGUGAUACGCGACAUCGAGCGACGUGAGCGCCGAAAAGCAGAAAAUGUCUACGUUCUGCAGCAACAGGCUGAACUAGCCAAGGAAUUGCGCAGAGGGAUGACGACGAUUCGAGAGAAGAAUACGUAACGCGAAGUUAUAUUCUGUUGCUCAAGAGUUUUUAUAAAGAACAUAAAACACAGUUCGUGCGUGUUUCAAAUAUCUCGUUCCGUCAUUUCACUCCGUUUUGUCGAUCCAUUGUGAUCUUUCGCUCUAGAAACGAUAAAUUUCAAUUUCUUUCCGAUUCUACGAACGUUAUGGCCACUGAAGAGACUGUGGAUCAACCAGAUUUGUCUUGUGUAGAGGAGAGCCUAAUGAGUCUAGAGAAACUGGAUAGAGCAUCUCCUGAUUUAUGGCCUGAACAAACGAGCAAUGAAGUUCCAGGUGUGCAUGAGUUUGUUGCUCAAAAUUCACCGCAGACAGAACCAUGUUUUUGGACUGCGAGUUUUUCAGCGGACGACAUAAGUCAAUUGCAUCAAUUGGGUAAUUUAACAAUGACCGGGCUUAUCUCGGAAGUGAAAAAACUGCACGAUUUAGCUUAUCAGCUGGGUCUAGAAGAAGCUAAGGAAAUGACGCGUGGAAAAUAUUUGAAUAUAUUUAAACAUAAAUAAUAUUUCGUAGAUAAAAAAAUAAAAC